AUGGAUCACUCGCAGACGGACUGUUUCGUGGCUACUCAAGAGCCGUAUCACCAGUCUCCCAUCAGCAUUCCUGUUCUGAAAUUCGCACGUUCUAACUCUACUGGCUCCGAAGACUUCAGCACCACAUUGCAAUCAGACGCCUCAACUACCGCCCGAACGAGAAACACCAGAAUUUCGAUCGAAGCGCAGCUCGGUCCAAUUGCGGAUCCUGAUGCUCACUGCAAAGGCCUGAGCCCAGGAGAGACCAUAACUGCUCAGUCAAGGCGCAGGGCUCAGAAUCGUGAUGCUCAGCGAGCUUUCAGGAAGCGGAAAGCGCAGCAUGUCAAAGACUUCGAGGCGAAGGUGGCCUCCUUGGUAACCGCGCAGAACAAGAUUGCCUCUGAGAACGAGAGGCUGAAGCGCGAUCUCCAGGAAGUAAGCCUUGAGAACGCGUUGCUCAAGGCGACCCUCUCGAUCAACGGCGGGCAUCUGCCUGGCCACGACGACGCGCCAGUGAGAACAUGGCCGCUGCAGUACAACUCUCACAUCUUCUGCACAAACUUCCCGUACCCACACCCGAACGAAACGCCAAACCAUCGGAUCGCCACCAACGACAGCGACGAGCGGUUCUAUACUGCAGGUACAACGUGGGAUUAUAUGACGAGUCACAACGGAUAUAAGACGGGCCUGGCGGAUACAGCGGGUACCGGCAACCGCGUGGUGGCCGAACGUGACCAGGAAGAGCAAUGUUUUGAAGAGAAGGACAAGUCCUUCUUCGACGCAUUCGAGGAGACUGUCAACUCUGAGUGCGGCACCGAUACUUACCGAAGGUUUGACUAA